AUGAGUUCAGGUGCUUCCACUGGCAUCUACGAGGCCUGCGAGCUCCGUGAUGGCGACAAGUCGAGAUACCUUGGAAAGGGUGUGAGCAAGGCUGUGAAGAAUGUGGAGGAGAAGAUCGCUCCUGCUAUCAAGGGAAUGGAUCCGACCGACCAGGAUGCCAUCGACAAGAAGAUGAUCGAGGUUGAUGGAACCCCCAACAAGACCAACUUGGGUGCCAACGCCAUCCUUGCUGUGUCCCUCGCCGUGGCCAAGGCUGGUGCGGCCCAGAAGGGAAUCCCUCUCUACCAGCACUUUGCGGACAUGGCUGGUGUGAAGAAGUUCGUGCUCCCUGUCCCAUGGAUGAACGUCAUCAACGGUGGAUCUCACGCUGGCAACCGCCUUGCCAUGCAGGAGUUCAUGAUCGGAGCGACUGGAGCUACUUCGUUCAAGGAGGCCGUGCGCAUGAGCUGCGAGGUCUAUCACGCGUUGAAGGCCGUGAUCAAGAAGAAGUACGGCAUGGAUGCCUGCAACGUUGGUGAUGAGGGAGGCUUUGCUCCCAAUAUUCGGGACAACAAGGAAGGACUUUCUCUCCUCACCGAGGCCAUUGCCAACGCGGGAUACACUGGAAAGAUCAAGAUCGGAAUGGACGUUGCUGCCUCUGAGUUUUAUCAGGAUGGAAAGUACAACUUGGACUUCAAGAAUGACAACGCUGAUCCUUCCAUGGUCGUGAGUGGUGAUGAGCUCAUCGAAGUCUACAAGAGCUUCACGCAGGACUUCCCUGUGGUCACUAUUGAGGAUCCCUUCGACCAGGACGAUUGGGAGCACUACAACAAGUUCAACAGUCAAAUGCCCCACACCCAGAUUGUUGGCGAUGACCUUCUUGUGACCAACCCCAACCGCAUCAGCAUGGCCAUCGAGAAGAAGGCCUGCUCCGGCCUCCUCCUCAAGGUCAAUCAGAUCGGAACUGUGUCCGAGUCCAUCAAGGCUUGCAAGAUGAGCCAGGAGCAGGGAUGGGGCGUCAUGGUGUCCCACAGGUCUGGUGAGACUGAGGACACAACCAUCGCUGAUCUCGUCGUUGGUCUCGCCACUGGACAGAUCAAGACUGGAGCUCCCUGCCGUGCUGAGAGGACUGCCAAGUACAACCAGCUCAUGCGCAUCGAGGAGGAGCUCGGCUCCCAGUGCACAUAUGCUGGAGAGAAGUUCCGCUCCCCCCUCAAGUAA